AUGAAGGAAGAGGUGAAGGGAAUUCCAGUAAGAGUGGCAUUGCGAUGUCGCCCUCUGGUCCCCAAAGAGAUUAGUGAGGGCUGCCAGAUGUGCCUUUCCUUCGUACCCGGGGAGCCACAGGUGGUGGUUGGUACUGACAAAUCCUUUACCUACGAUUUUGUGUUUGACCCCUCUACUGAACAGGAAGAAGUCUUCAAUACAGCAGUAGCACCACUCAUAAAAGGCGUAUUUAAAGGAUACAAUGCAACCGUCCUGGCCUAUGGGCAAACUGGCUCUGGAAAAACCUAUUCAAUGGGAGGUGCAUACACUGCAGAGCAAGAGAAUGAACCAACAGUUGGGGUUAUUCCUAGGGUAAUACAAUUGCUCUUCAAAGAAAUUGAUAAAAAGAGUGACAUCGAAUUUACUCUGAAAGUAUCAUACUUGGAGAUUUACAACGAAGAAAUCUUGGAUCUUCUAUGCCCGUCUCGUGAGAAAGCCUCUCAAAUAAAUAUACGGGAAGAUCCUAAGGAAGGCAUAAAGAUUGUGGGACUCACCGAGAAGACUGUUUUAGUUGCUCUGGAUACCGUUUCCUGUUUGGAACAGGGUAACAACUGUAGGACUGUGGCCUCCACAGCUAUGAACUCCCAGUCAUCCCGAUCUCAUGCCAUCUUUACAAUCUCCAUCGAACAAAGAAAGAAAAGCGACAAGAAUAGCAGUUUUCGCUCCAAGUUGCAUCUUGUAGACCUUGCCGGAUCAGAAAGACAGAAGAAAACCAAGGCUGAAGGGGACCGUCUAAAAGAGGGCAUUAAUAUUAACCGAGGCCUCCUGUGCUUGGGAAAUGUGAUCAGUGCUCUUGGAGAUGACAAAAAGGGUGGCUUUGUGCCAUACAGAGAUUCCAAGUUGACUCGACUGCUUCAAGAUUCUCUAGGAGGUAAUAGCCAUACACUUAUGAUAGCCUGUGUGAGUCCUGCUGACUCCAAUCUAGAAGAAACAUUAAAUACCCUUCGCUAUGCUGACAGAGCAAGAAAAAUCAAGAAUAAACCUGUUGUUAAUAUCGAUCCCCAGACGGCUGAACUUAAUCAUCUGAAGCAACAGGUACAACAGCUACAGGUCUUGUUGCUACAAGCCCAUGGAGGUACCCUGCCCGGAUCUAUAAAUGUGGAACCAUCAGAAAAUCUACAGUCCCUGAUGGAGAAGAAUCAGUCCCUGGCAGAGGAAAAUGAAAAAUUAAGUCGUGGUCUAAGCGAGGCAGCUGGUCAGACAGCCCAGAUGUUGGAGAGGAUCAUUUUGACAGAACAAGCGAAUGAAAAAAUGAAUGCCAAGCUAGAGGAACUGAGGCAGCAUGCAGCCUGCAAAGUGGAUCUUCAAAAGCUAGUGGAAGCUUUGGAAGACCGGGAAUUAAAAGAAAAUGUAGAGACAAUUCGUAACCUGCAGCAAGUGAUUACCCAGCUAUCGGAUGAAACUGUUGCUGCAACCAUUGAUACUGCAGUAGAACCAGAAGCUCAAGUGGAAACCAGUCCAGAAACCAGCAGGUCUUCUGAUGCUUUCACUACUCAGCAUGCUCUACGUCAAGCUCAGAUGUCUAAGGAGCUGGUUGAGUUGAAUAAAGCUCUUGCGCUGAAAGAGGCCCUAGCCAGAAAGAUGACUCAGAAUGACAACCAACUGCAGCCCAUUCAGUUCCAGUACCAGGAUAACAUAAAAAAUCUAGAGUUGGAAGUCAUCAAUCUGCAGAAGGAAAAAGAAGAAUUGGUUCUUGAACUUCAGACAACAAAGAAGGAUGUCAACCAAGCCAAGUUGAGUGAGCGCCGCCGUAAACGUCUCCAGGAGCUAGAGGGUCAAAUAGCUGAUCUGAAGAAGAAACUCAAUGAACAGUCCAAACUUCUGAAGCUGAAAGAAUCCACAGAGCAUACCGUUUCCAAACUGAACCAGGAGAUACGGAAUUGGCUUGGAAAUGAAGUUGAGGUUAUGGUCAGUACUGAGGAAGCCAAACGCCAUCUAAAUGACCUUCUUGAAGAUAGGAAGAUCCUGGCUCAGGAUGUGGCUCAACUCAAAGAAAAAAAGGAAUUUGGGGAGAAUCCACCUCCAAAACUCCGGAGGCGUACAUUCUCGCUUGCUGAACUGCGUGGUCAAGUUUCUGAGUCCGAGGAUUCCAUUACAAAGAAAAUUGAAAGCCUAGAGACUGAAAUGGAACUCAGGAGUGCUCAGAUUGCUGACCUACAGCAGAAGUUGCUGGAUGCAGAAAGUGAAGACAGGCCAAAACACCGCUGGGAGAGUAUCACUACCAUUCUGGAAGCCAAGUGUGCCCUGAAAUAUUUAAUUGGAGAGCUGGUCUCCUCCAAAAUACAGGUCAGCAAGCUUGAAAGCAGCCUGAAACAGAACAAGGCCAGCUGUGCUGAUAUGCAGAAGAUGCUGUUUGAGGAACGAAAUCAUUUUGCUGAAAUAGAGACAGAGUUACAGGCAGAGCUGGUCAGAGUGGAGCAACAGCACCAAGAGAAGGUGCUAUACCUGCUCAGCCAACUGCAGCAAAGCCAAAUGGCAGAGAAGCAGCUAGAGGAGUCGGUCAGUGAAAAGGAACAACAGCUGCUGAGCACACUGAAGUGUCAGGAUGAAGAACUUGAGAAGAUGCGAGAAGUGUGUGAGCAAAAUCAGCAGCUUCUCCGAGAGAAUGAAAUCAUCAAGCAGAAACUGACCCUCCUCCAAGUAGCCAGCAGGCAGAAACCUCAUCUUCCUAAAGAUACCCUUCUAUCUCCAGACUCUUCUUUUGAAUAUAUCCCACCUAAGCCCAAACCUUCUCGUUUUAAAGAAAAAUUCCUGGAGCAAAGCAUGGAUAUCGAGGAUCUAAAAUAUUAUUCAGAGCAUUCCGUGAAUGAGCCUGAGGACAGUGCUGGUGACGAUGAUGAUGGAGAUGAUGAGGAAUGGAAGCCAACAAAACUAGUUAAGGUGUCCAAGAAGAACAUCCAAGGGUGUUCCUGCAAGGGCUGGUGUGGGAACAAGCAGUGUGGGUGCAGGAGACAAAAGUCGGACUGCGGCACGGACUGCAGCUGUGACCCCACAAAGUGUAGGAACCGUCAGCAAGAAAAGGAUAGUUUGGGCACUGUUGAGCCCACCCAGGAUUCCGAAGGCUCUUUCAAACUGGAGGACCCCACAGAGGUUACCUCAGGAUUGAGCUUCUUUAACCCUGUCUGUGCCACUCCCAACAGCAAGCUCCUCAAAGAGAUGUGUGAUGUGGAGCAGGUGCUGUUAAAGAAGACGACUCCAGCUGCCUCUUCCCUUGGCCUCCCAGAAUCGAAACAUGUAGCAGAAUCCCAAGAAAAUAAAGCUCCAGGGAAGAAAAAGAAACGAGCUCUGGCCAGCAAUACCAGCUUCUUCUCUGGCUGCUCCCCUAUUGAAGAAGAAGCCCACUGA